CUUGCAAAUGUUACUGUCAUAGGUAAUGCGAAAUCUUCCGGAAAAGCAUCAGACACUGCUCUUCAGUGCCACCAUGCCAGCAGAAAUUGAGGCAUUGGCACAGGAUUACUUGUUUAAUCCUGUGCGCAUAAAAGUUGGAAAAGUAAGCAGCCCAACUGCAAAUGUUUCCCAGACUUUAGAGAAGGUACCUGAAAAUGACAAGAUUGAUCGACUUUUGGAUUUGCUGGUUGAGGAGGCUGCUCAAGCUGAAAAGUCUGGCCAUCCUUUCCCUUUGACCAUUGUAUUUGUGGAACGAAAAACAAAAUGUGAUGAAGUAGCAGAAGCUUUAAUGCAGCAGGGUUUGCUUGCAACUGCACUUCAUGGUGGUCGUAGCCAAAAUGAAAGAGAGGCUGCCCUUCGUGAAUUCAGACAUGGACCUAUCAAUAUCUUGGUUGCUACUGAUGUUGCGUCUAGGGGAUUGGAUGUCACAGGAGUUGCACAUGUAAUUAACCUAGAUCUCCCAAAGACUAUGGAAGACUAUGUACACCGGAUUGGAAGGACUGGUCGGGCAGGAUCAACAGGCCGAGCUGCUUCAUUUUACACUGAUCGUGAUAUGUAUCUUGUGGCGCAAAUAAGAAGAGCAAUCGCUGAUAUUGGUUCCGGCAAUGAUGUGACCAUUGCUAUGGGAAAGACUGCAAGAAGAAAGGAGAGAGAAGCUGCUGCUGCGCAGAAAGAAGCAAGGUGUGAACUGUCUAAACUCUCUUUAGUAGGGUCCACGGUCAAUGUGGAGGAUAAUUAUAGGCACAUGAUUGCCCCAUCAAUGAUCAAAAAGGAGGGAGCUGCAGAUGACGCUUGGGAUGACUGAUGAUCAUUGUCAGACAUCUUAUGGGCCUCUAGUCUGAUAGUCGUAGCAGUGGCAAGGCAGUGAUGCUACGAUUCAUGAGAUGCUCCAAUCUCUGGGUGUGUACAUUUGUAGUGCAAAAACAUCUCAACAUGCAAAAAUAGUAAUCAGCAUAAGGAGCUGCUAGCCCUUGAAACCCCCUCUGUAUGUUGUAUUUGGUGUUUCACACGUGGUUCUUAUCAAUGAAGGGAACACUGAGCACAGUUUUACAGGUAUUGAAAGCCGGGUGGGAAAUACGUGCUAAAAUGACUGAAAAUUCCACAUAUCUACACUUUUGUUGUUGGUUUUAUAUUACCUUGUCACUCUUCAUAUCCUGUAGAAGCUGUAGUGGUGACACUUCUGUUGGGAUAAUCUUGAAAUUUACACGAACUGCUUUCUGCAUUCAA